CCAGGCGCUUCAAUCUUCAGUCUGUUCGACAAAAUUUCAGAGUCAGCUCGUGUCCAGAGAUAAAUUUUCUGGAAAAAUAAAUUUAUAAUAAUAUAAAAAUAAAUAAAUUAUUUUUAAAUUAAAAAUAACUCAAUAUAUAUUAUAUUUUUGGCAAGUUUUUCAACAAAAUUAUUUAUUAAAAUUCAUAAUAUUUAUCAAGGAUUAUUGAUAAUUAAUAAAACGUUGGCGAUUUAACCAAAGAAAUUUACACAACAUGUCGGAUCGCAAAGCUGUUAUUAAAAAUGCUGAUAUGUCAGAAGAGAUGCAGCAAGAUGCUGUUGAUUGUACGACUCAAGCAUUAGAAAAAUACAACAUUGAAAAGGAUAUUGCUGCAUUUGUCAAGAAAGAAUUUGACAAAAAAUACAAUCCAACGUGGCAUUGCAUUGUCGGCCGUAAUUUUGGCAGCUAUGUAACACAUGAAACAAGACAUUUCAUUUAUUUUUACCUUGGUCAAGUGGCCAUUCUCCUUUUCAAAAGUGGAUAAGCUGGUUUAUUUAAUUUUUAUUCUUUUUCUAUUAUUAUUAUUUUUUUUUUUUUCACAACAUUUAAAACUAUUUUCCCCUCUUAAUUCCUCCUUCCAUCUUGUCAUCACCAUGUCCAACUCUGCGUGAACCGAUAUA